CUGGGGGAAAGGUGACACAAAAGGAUGAGGAGGGGCAAUAAAACAAUGGGGAAAAAGGUCGAUUUUCCGGGAAAAUGAGGGGCAGGCAUGAGGAGGGGAGGCUCAGCCGACUACUGCACCAUUCACUUAUCCUACAGGGACAAAUCCCGAGGAGAUGCAUCCCGAGGGGCUCGACCCCAGCAGGACACAGCUCCGGGGCACUGCAGCGCCCUGGCUCGGCUGGCUCAGGCUGUCCCCAGCCGGCUGCCACCUCUGUCCCACCCUCCCCAACGGGAGGAGGGGGCUGGCAGCCCGCGGAGCGCGGUGGGAGAGGCGGUGAAGCACCGGAGUGCGGGAGGCAGCGCCGCUGAGAGGACUUUGAGGAAAGGGAGGGAGAGCAGAUGGAAAAACUGCCAAAGCAGGCAGCUGGGCCAGGCCAGGGGUGCUGGGCAGAAGAACUCUCUCUGCUGCUCAGGCAUGAGAAUCAUUCCCUUUUCCUACCUUUCCACCUUUCUUGGGAGCAUUUUACCUUCUGCAAUUUCUUUUUUUUCCCCUCUGAUCCUCAUCUGCCUCAUGCUCACGGGGAUGUGUCACAUUUGAAGCUGACCAGGGAGUGAUGAACCUCUGGGCAGGAUUUCCAGAACAGGAAAAUCUCUUUUAAUCCAGCAGGAUGAAGAAUAUGGAGCCUGGGUGGGACAGUGAUGCUGGGAAGGGGCAAUGCCAUGAGAGCUCUGCCAGCUGAGCUGGGUAUAAGGAGAGAACUAUGGCAUGGCUUUUUUUCUGGUUUUUCCCAGAAAAAGCCUGGGAAAACACCAGUGUGAUCCCUCCUGAUGGGUUUCCAUGGAACGCUGUCAAGUGAAUUUAAAAGACAAACUCUGCAGCCAUGAGCAGGAGAGCAAACCCAGCCCGAAGGAAUGAAAGAGCCUGAAGGAAUUGCCCACGCCUCCUGGCUGGCUCUCCAGCAACAAUGGAAGGUCACCACACGCAUUUUGGGAAGAUGAGCUCUGACAACAGGACCUCUCCCACCCCACCUCUCCUUGGGCUCCUGGAGCCGGUGCCACCCAGUGCCACCUUCCCUGAGGGCACAGACUGGCUGCCCACCAUCGUGGGGCUCAUCUGCAUCUUCCUGGUGCUGGCCACGCUGCUGACCCUUGUCACCCUCUGCCACCUUCGGGCGCUGGGCCGCUCCCCCUGGGGUCCCCACGAGUGGCUGCCCCAGCACCCCGUGGAUGCCAGCCAGCCCCAGCUGAGGCUCUGGAAGCGCCUGGGCUCCUUGAGGAGCUCCAUCAGCAGCUUCAGGAGGAGCCAGAUGGUGUCUCAGAGCACCCUGGCCUGUCCCAGGAGCUUCCCCAGCAGCCAGGACUGGGACAUCAUGGAGUCCACCAAAAUGUGAUCCUGCCCUGCUCCUCCUUCCCAAGCUUUGGCUCCCUUCUCAAGCAUCCUGAGAAGAGACCCUUGGAGCAGCUCAUUUCCAGGCUCUGUGGCAGGAGAUUUUGCAAUGCCAGGUUCCCAAAUGCUUUCCAGGUUACUGCUUCCUGCCAGGGAAGGUGGAGGCAUCCAAACUACACCCACACACAGCUACCACUGGGCAGUCCAAAAAAAUCCUGCUGCUUCAUUUCUUUUGGAAAAUAUUGUUGUUGAAAACAAUGUAACAUGUAUUCCAUUACCAUCUGUAUGGCAGAUUACCUUUGUCAAGUGAGCAGUUUGCCUUAUCUCUCUCUUUGAGUGACCACAAU